AUUUGUCACAGAAACGCAUAGAGCGAGGCGUUACGCUAAGGAUUUCGUGAGAUUUAUUUUCUUUCUUUUCUCGGCGAAGUCAAUAAUUAUUUGAGACUGGAUGGGGAGCAAAAGAAAGAGAAAGAAAAGGGUGGGGAUUUAUUUUCAGGAGACGGGGAAGAGAGGGGAAAGUUUCCAACUAGAAGCUACUAGGAGAGGCAGGCGAACAGGCGGCAGACGGCAAGCGAUAAACAAAUUAAAUAAAUCUAGCGAAGAUUCGUCAUUGCGGGUAUGUAUCCGCGGAGGGAGAGGGAGAGGGGAAGGGAAGGGGGAAACUCUUGUAAAAGAAAAUACAUUUUCGAUCUACCUUUGCUCCAAGAGGAAAAUUACUACUACCAGUUACUUAACUUAUUACCCUCAGAAAAAGAGAGAUGGGCUAGUUGGGUGGAAUCGCGAGGCACAAAGCAACUUGCAUGCAUGCAAUGGUCGACUGUCAAAGAGGUUACGUUGCUACUUGCUUCAUGCGCCUGUAUUAUCUAUGCCAUGUUGGCUGUUGGCUGUUGAGUUCAACUACGUUUAAUAAUAGGCUAGUUAUUGCGUAAUGGCUACCUGUAUACCACCUUUAUACUGACCUGACUGCUGCACUUUUCUUGGUUUAUACUUUUCAUAGGUAAGGUUGCAGAGUCAGGUCUCAAUUGUUCGAAAUAGUGUAGUGGGAUGGAUGGAUGGAUAGAAAGAAGAUAGAUGAAAAUCAAAUAAUACACAAACAAAUACU